AUGAUGAACACCGUAUGGCAGCCGCCGAACAUCGUUCAGCAAUGCCCGGGACAGACAAAUCUCACCGCGUGCACACCUUUUGCUCUCGUAUACCUCAACUUGUUGGUGAAACUCUUCGGCUCAGCAAAGGACCGUGCGCCUGAACCUAUAGACGCAGAAACCUACGACUUCAUCGUCGUAGGAGCGGGCGCCGCUGGAUGCGUCAUCGCUAACAGACUCAGCGCGACUCAAGGAUGGAAAAGGGGAUUCAAGGUGCUGCUCCUAGAAGCUGGUCCAGAAGAGCCCGAGAUUACGUCAGUUCCCGCGCUGUCCAGGGCGCUCCCCAACUCAAACUUGGACUGGCAGUACAAGACCAUGCCUAGCAACGUCUCCUGUCUGGCCUAUCCUAACCAGCAAUGCAGUUGGCCAAGGGGAAAAGUGAUGGGUGGAUCAAGUUCCAUCAACUGGUUCGUGUACGUCCGCGGCAACAAACUCGACUAUGACGAUUGGGCGGCGCGUGGUAACCCGGGCUGGAGCUACGAUGAAGUAUUACCAUACUUCAAGAAAUCCGAAAGGAAUCUGAACAUAAAUGUGUUAGAUCGAGCAUAUCACGGCGUCAAAGGCGAACAAGCAGUGUCAUACUUUCCCUAUGUUGCCGAUCCAGCUAUUAUGAUAACCGAAGCCUUCAACGAGACCGGGCUGCCGAUCAAUGACUGUAAUGCCGCCCAACAGUACGGAACCGCACAGGCCCAAGGCAUCUCAGAACAUGGACAAAGAGCUUCCACUAACAGAGAGUUCAUCAGGCCCAUCAGAUACAGAAGAAAGAAUCUUACUGUCAUACCAGAAUCCGAAGUUAUCAAAAUACUAUUUGAUAAUAGCAAAAGAGCUUCUGGCGUACAAUACAUUAAAAACGGUCGAUUAUACACAGCUUAUGCGACUAAAGAAGUCAUAGUGAGUGGCGGAUCUAUAAAUUCUCCAAAACUACUAAUGCUUUCUGGAAUCGGACCUAAAGAACAUUUGCAAGAUCUAAAUAUAUCAGUGAUCUCAGAUUUACCAGUUGGGGAAAAUCUACAUGAUCAUGUCACUUUCGACGGUCUUGUUGUAGGGUUGCCAAAUGAAACAGCUACCACUGUCAGCCAGAACAAGAUGAUUGAAGAUAUUUUAGAGUACAAGAGGAUGAUAGUCAAAAGAGGUCCGUUGUCAGGCAAUGGCCCAGUGAGCAGUUUAUCUUUUUAUUUGACUGAACCUGGCUUGCCGGCUCCCGAUAUUCAAAUACAAGUUCUCAAUGUUAACUUGGAAGAAUAUAUCAGAGAACCUAUAGAUUAUCAAGAUUUGUCUAUUUAUCCCACAGCGUAUUUUAACGGAAUGAUUCCAAGGGUCAUGAAUAAUGUUCCAAAGAGCAGAGGUAGGCUACUUCUCAACGCGAGUGAUCCAUACGGACAUCCUCUGAUAUGGUCUGGAUAUUUAACUGAUCCGCAAGAUUUACAAGUACUAAUGAAAGGUGUGAAAAGGGUUUUGGCUUUGGAAAGCACUCAUGCUUUUAAAUCUAGAGGUGCUUACUUCGUUAAGACCCCUCUGCCAGCGUGCAAGCACUUGACUUGGGGUACAGACUCGUACUUCGAGUGUUUGGGGAGGUCUUACACAGCUACUACUUAUCAUCCUGUGGGGUCUUGUAAGAUGGGCCCCGCAGGCGAUCCCACGGCAGUGGUGGACCCCAGGCUCAGAGUGUAUGGAGUGACAGGCCUAAGGGUUAUAGACGCGUCUAUGAUGCCACAAGUAAUUCGAGGUAAUACGAAUGCUCCGUCAAUUAUGAUUGGAGAAAGAGGAGUGGCUUUUGUCUUGGAGGAUUGGCUGGAUAAGUAAAAGGA